CUUCCCCCGAACCCCCGUCCCCUCCCCUGCUCCCACCCCCUACUCCUCCCGGCGCCGGGUACAAGGUCCCUUUAAGGCGACGGCGCCUUCCUCGGGUCAGACUACCGGCGGCGGCGACCACGGGAGCAUGGCGGACACCGACCUGUUUAUGGAAUGUGAGGAGGAAGAACUGGAGCCGUGGCAGAAGAUCAGUGACGUCAUUGAGGACUCCGUAGUGGAAGACUACAAUUCAGUGGAUAAAACUCCUCCAAUCUCUGUGAGCCAGCAGCCAGUAUCCGCUCCAGUGCCCACUGCUGCCCAUGCCUCUGCUGCUGGGCCCCUCUCUACACCUGCUGCUGUCAGCAGUGGGGCACAGGGCAGCGACAGUGCGAAGAAGACUCUCGUCACACUAAUUGCCAACAACAAUGCUGGUAACACUUUGGUCCAGCAAGGUGGACAGCCACUCAUUCUCACCCAGAAUCCAGCACCAGGUCUGGGAACAAUGGUUACUCAACCAGUAUUGAGACCUGUCCAGGUCAUGCAGAAUGCCAAUCAUGUGACUAGCUCCCCUGUGGCCUCACAGCCUAUAUUCAUCACUACCCAGGGAUUUCCUGUAAGGAAUGUUCGUCCUGUACAGAACGCGAUGAACCAGGUUGGGAUUGUGCUGAAUGUACAGCAGGGCCAAACAGUUAGACCAAUUACCCUGGUCCCAGCCCCAGGUACACAGUUUGUUAAGCCGACAGUUGGCGUCCCACAAGUGUUCUCUCAGGUGACCCCCGUGAGGCCAGGCUCCACAGUGCCCGUGAGGCCCACCACCAACACCUUCACCACGGUCAUCCCGGCCACGCUCACCAUCCGGAGCACUGUCCCACAGCCCCAGGCCCAGCAGACCAAGUCCACUCCCAGCACUUCCACCACUCCCACUGCCACACAGCCAACCUCACUGGGGCAGCUAGCUGUCCAGCCUUCAGGCCAGUCCAGCCAGACCUCGAAUCCCAAACUAGUGAGCAUUGCCAGCUUCGUCACUGUGAAGCGGCCCGGGGUCACAGGUGAAAAUAGCAACGAAGUGGCCAAAUUGGUGAAUACUCUUAACACUAUCCCUUCCCUGGGCCAGAGUCCUGGGCCAGUGCUGGUGCCCAGCAGCAGUCCUGCUCACAGAGCCACUGGACCCGAGGCAUCAACGAAAGUGACCUCUUCCAUCCCAGUGUUUGACCUCCAAGAUGGUGGACGGAAGAUAUGUCCACGGUGUAACGCUCAGUUCCGUGUUACUGAAGCUCUGAGAGGUCACAUGUGUUACUGCUGCCCUGAAAUGGUCGAGUACCAGAAGAAAGGCAAGCCCCUCGAUGCAGAGCCCAGCGCCCCAUCGGCAGGAAAGCCCUCCUCCCCAGAGAAGACAGCCCCCGUCACUUCCACGCCCUCCUCCGUGCCUCUUCCUGCUCUCUCACCACCCACCAAAGCCCCAGAGCCGGGUGAGAACGCCGGAGACACCGUGCAGACCAAGCUCAUCAUGCUGGUUGAUGACUUCUACUACGGGCGGGAUGGCGGCAAAGUCGCCCAGCUCACAAGCUUUCCUAAGGUCGCCACGUCGUUCCGAUGCCCUCAUUGCACCAAAAGGCUAAAAAACAACAUUCGAUUCAUGAACCACAUGAAGCACCACGUGGAGCUGGAGCAGCAGAGCGGCGAGGGGGACGGCCACACCACCUGCCAGCACUGCUACCGCCAGUUCUCCACGCCCUUCCAGCUGCAGUGCCACCUGGAGAGCGUGCACAGCCCCUAUGAGUCCACCACCAAGUGCAAGAUCUGUGAGUGGGCGUUUGAGAGCGAGCCCCUGUUCCUCCAGCACAUGAAGGACACGCACAAGCCUGGGGAGAUGCCUUACGUGUGUCAGGUAUGUCAGUACCGCUCCUCCCUCUACUCAGAGGUGGACGUCCAUUUUCGGAUGAUCCAUGAAGACACUCGACACCUGCUCUGCCCCUACUGCCUGAAAGUCUUCAAAAACGGCAACGCGUUCCAGCAGCACUACAUGCGGCACCAGAAGAGAAAUGUUUAUCACUGCAACAAAUGCCGCCUGCAGUUUCUCUUUGCCAAGGACAAAAUUGAGCACAAGCUUCAGCACCAUAAAACCUUCCGUAAACCUAAGCAACUGGAAGGCUUGAAGCCAGGCACCAAGGUGACAAUCCGGGCUUCCCGGGGACAGCCACGAACUGUUCCUGUGUCUUCAAAUGAUACACCGAGCGCCUUGCAGGAGGCAGCACCACUGCCCUCCACCGAUCCCCUGCCUGUCUUCCUCUAUCCCCCUGUUCAACGCAGCAUCCAGAAGAGAGCUGUUAGGAAAAUGAGCGUCAUAGGCCGGCAGACUUGCCUGGAGUGCAGCUUUGAGAUCCCAGAUUUCCCUAACCACUUCCCUACCUAUGUGCACUGUUCUCUCUGCCGCUACAGUACCUGCUGCUCUCGAGCGUACGCCAAUCACAUGAUCAACAACCACGUCCCACGGAAGAGCCCCAAGUAUUUGGCUUUGUUUAAAAAUUCUGUCAGUGGGAUCAAGCUGGCCUGCACUUCAUGUACCUUUGCUACCUCUGUGGGAGACGCCAUGGCCAAGCAUUUAGUGUUCAACCCCUCCCAUAGAUCUAGCAGCAUCUUACCCCAGGGGCUCAGCUGGAUAUCUCACUCAAGGCCUGGCCAGACUCCUGAGCGAGUGUAUGACCGGAACAUGAAGAAUAUGUACCUUCCACCUCCCGCCCUCCCUAACAAAGCUGCCACUGUGAACCCUGCAGGAGCCACCCCAGCAGAGCCUCAGGAGCUUGCAGUCCCUGUGGUCCAGGCACUUCCAUCGCCCGCCUCAACUGCAACCCCACCAGCAACCCCCAGUCACCCUCAGCCCUCAGCCCUGCCACCCUUGGCCACACAGGGGGCUGAAUGUCUGAAUGUUGACGAACAGGAGGGAGGCCCUGUCACCCAGGACCCUGAGCCCGCAUCUGGUGGCGGGGGUGGCAGUGGGGGUGGUAAGAAAGAGCAGCUAUCUGUGAAGAAGCUUCGCGUAGUGCUGUUUGCCCUGUGCUGCAACACAGAACAGGCGGCUGAACACUUUCGAAACCCCCAGCGUCGGAUCCGUCGUUGGCUUCGACGCUUCCAGGCCUCUCAGGGAGAGAAUUUAGAGGGCAAAUAUCUCAGCUUUGAGGCAGAAGAGAAGCUGGCUGAGUGGGUGCUGAUCCAGCGAGAGCAACAGCUGCCUGUAAACGAAGAGACCUUGUUUCAGAAGGCCACCAAAAUUGGACGCUCCUUGGAAGGGGGAUUUAAGAUCUCCUACGAGUGGGCUGUGCGCUUCAUGCUGCGGCACCACCUCACCCCCCACGCCCGGCGAGCUGUGGCCCACACGUUACCGAAGGACGUAGCAGAAAACGCAGGCCUCUUCAUCGAGUUUGUGCAGCGGCAGAUUCACAAUCAGGACCUACCUUUGUCUAUGAUUGUGGCUGUUGAUGAGGUUUCCUUGUUCCUGGACACAGAGGUGCUGAGCAGUGACGACCGGAAGGAGAAUGCUCUGCAGACAGUGGGCACAGGGGAGCCUUGGUGUGACGUAGUGCUGGCCAUCCUGGCAGAUGGCACUGUCCUGCCCACCCUGGUUUUAUACCGAGGACAAGUGACUCGGCCUGCUAAUGUGCCAGACUCUAUAUUGCUAGAGGCCAAAGAGAGCGGCUACAGUGAUGAUGAGAUCAUGGAGCUUUGGUCAACCCUUGUGUGGAAGAAGCACACAGCCUGCCAGCACGGCAAAGGCAUGCUGGUGAUGGACUGUCACCGCACUCACUUGUCAGAAGAGGUCCUGGCCCUGCUGAGCGCCUCUAGCACUUUGCCUGCAGUGGUCCCUGCAGGCUGUAGCUCCAAAAUCCAGCCAUUAGACGUAUGCAUCAAACGAACCGUUAAGAACUUCCUGCACAAAAAGUGGAAGGCGCAGGCUCGGGAGAUGGCAGAUGCUGCCUGUGCUUCCGACGUCCUGCUUCAGCUGGUGCUGGUCUGGCUGAGUGAGGUGCUGGGUGUCAUCAGGGACUCCCCAGAGCUAGUUCAGCGGUCCUUCCUUGUGGCUAGUGUUCUGCCAGGCCCCGAUGGCAACGUUAACUCACCGACACGCAACGCUGACAUGCAGGAGGAGCUCAUCGCCUCCCUGGAGGAGCAGCUGAAGCUGAGUGGAGAACAGUCUGAGGAGCCCUCGGCUUCCACUCCCCGACCCAGAUCGUCUCCUGAAGAGAUGGUGGAGCCCGAAAGCCUUCACCAGCUCUUUGAGGGGGAAAGUGAGACGGAGUCUUUCUAUGGCUUUGAGGAAGCUGACCUGGAUCUGAUGGAGAUUUAGGUGCUAGGGUCAUGAGAGCAAAUGGAGUCGGGUAGGGAGGCUG